GGGUCGAAAGAUGUCGAUGAGAUAGAUUUAUAUGAUAACAAGAACGGGCUCAGUGGAAUUGGAUUGUUAGUGAUGAAUGAAAGAAAGAGAAUUGUUCCUAGCAGUGAAAAGAAGGAGUACCGAUUGCUGACGUUGAUUAUGGAGCAAAGGAAGAUAAAAAUACUCCGGUCUCCAAAACAUUCGAGAUUCGACCUAUACAUUAUACACACACAGGAUCAAAAUGUAUUUACCAAAAUUGUGCCGAUAUUUAUUACCUGGAUAUGGUACCUUAAGAAGUCACGUUUGGUUUGUGGGCUAGUGAUGGUCAUAGAAAAGCUCGUCGAAGAAUUCUAUAUGAAACGUGAGACUGUGCUUACUAGGGGCAUUAUGGAUUAUGGUUAUGGGUACGAAACAGUUGGAAGCAGAUCACCUGUAGUAAUAACAUUUUACAAUCUGUCGCGCAUGUAGGGUUAUGUAUACCUCUACACUAAUUAGAAAUUUCCAUGGACAAACCAAUAUAACCGUGGCCCACGGUUCACUACACUUAUCGCCUGUUGAACAUGGAUGAUCCUCUACUGGACGCACUACUUCAAGGGGGAAGUUUAUCCUGGGAGAGCUUACUACAGUGACCCAGCUACAGAAUGUUAAGAUUUAAGUAAAGGAGCAACAAAAACAUUUACACACAGUAUACAGUAUACAUAAGCCAGACUAAAGCGCCGCGCCGCAUUUAUUACGAAACUGAUUGGCCGUCGAUUUGCAUAUACAUGGGUUUUACUCGUGGAGGAAGUUUCGAACGAAAAUGCAAUAAAAAAGGAAAACAACGAACCGGGCAAGCAACGAGAAGGCGGCUUAUAAGAAUGUUACUCAGAGCUACGAUGUUAAGGUUAUAUACUUUGUUUAUAAGCGGGCGGCUGUCUCAUAUUAUACAAUCCAGUCGCGUUUUAAGCCGGUUCGCGUUUGUUUAUUUAAAAUAUGAUUAUGUAAUAGCGCGCACUUUUUUCCCAAUUCGACUUUAAAUCAACACGAGUUCGUGUAGUUCCGUUCGCGUGUGCGCGUGUGUGCGCGAAGUGUUUUUUUUUUAUUUCGGACGUUUUGGGACAACAAAUCAGCGACACCAUGUCUAACCAAAGCGGUCACCACCCAUCCAGGCAUCGAUAUACCUCUGUGAAAACCAACAUGCCGAACCCUCAUCACCAUAACUUUGACAUCGAAGAAUCGCCAAAUCCAACAGGCAACAAGUAUUUAAAAUGUCUGCGUACGAACGCGUUGACACUGGCGACGGUAGCGGGCGUCCUCUUAGGGGGUAUCAUAGGGUUCAUCUUAAGAAACACAAAGGACGAAUGGACGGAACGUCAAGUCAUGUACAUAGGUUUUAUCGGAAAAAUUUUCCUUCAGAUGCUCAAAUCCCUCAUAAUUCCGUUGAUUGUUUCGUGCCUGGUGUCGGCUAUCGCGAGCCUUGACCUGUCCCUGUCGGGAAAAGUGGCGGCCAGGGCGAUAGGUUACUAUCUGACUACGACGUUCGCCUCGGUAGUAUUAGGCAUGGUAGUCGUAGUAAUUAUUCAGCCGGGAGUGGGUAGGACCGUCACCUCCACCCACACCAGUUCGGUCACCGAAAGGAAUACCACCACUGCCGAUACACUUCUGGAUCUCGUUAGGAACAUGUUUCCGCCGAACUUGAUAGAAGCUUGUAUAUUCCAGCACCGGACUUUACUUACACCUAGGAGUGACAACGAUACAGAUGUAAGCAUGUUCAGCAUCGGCAGUGAGACGACGCAAAACACGAACAUCCUAGGAUUAGUGGUGGCUGCGGCCGCCAUCGGUAUCGCGCUGGCUCAAUUGGGAGAUGAAACCAGAAUCAUGUCGGAGUUCUUUCAUAAUCUGCUCACACUGAUGAUGAAGAUCACAAGUUGGAUCAUCUCCAUAUCGCCGGUAGGGGUGACGUUCCUGGUAGCGGGAGAGAUAUUGCAGAUGGACGACAUGAAAUCCGUUAUGGGGUCGUUGGGACUAUACUUUGCUACGGUGUGUGUGGGAUUGGCCAUACAAGGAUUCGUCGUAUUGCCACUGUUGUAUUUCUGUUUAACAAGGCGGAAUCCCUUCAACUUCAUCAAAUGCCUGGGACCGGCCAUCACCACCGCAUUUGCAACGGCGUCCAGCACGGCAACGCUUCCUCUAACCAUUAAGUGUCUGGAAGAGAAGCUCGGAAUCGACCCCAGGAUCGCCAGGUUCACCUUGCCCAUAGGUUCAGCUAUCAACAUGGACGGAACGGCGCUGUAUGAAGCGGUGGCGGCCAUUUUUAUAGCUCAGGUGAGAGGCGUUGAUCUGCACAUAGGCAGAUUAGUCGCCAUCAGUAUUACUGCUACGGCGGCCAGUAUCGGCGCCGCCGGUAUACCACAAGCCGGCCUCGUUACCAUGGUGAUGGUAUUGGAUACCCUUGGCCUGCCCGCCGAAGAUGUAACUCUCAUAUUGGCCGUCGAUUGGUUACUGGACCGGUUCCGUACAUCGAUAAACGUCAUGGGUGACGCGUUUGGUUCCGGAGUGGUCCAUUACCGAAGUCAAAAAGAGUUGCAGGGAUUCGCCGCGGAAGGUUCGCGAGCCACAUCGAUCGCCAACGCGAACGACAUCGACAAGGAGAGCGUGAACGCACACGAAAAAGCCUAAAUCCCACAGAAUAUUGAAAUGCGCACCCGAUGUUAAGUUUUAUAUAUUAAAUAAUGUGAAACAAAA